ACAAAAUUAACGUUACCAUAUUCGUAUAUUAUGAUGCGAAAUUUAGAACCAUACGUGUAUAAGUGUAUAUAUCUAAGGUGCUAUAUGAAGCCUUUUUUUUUUUUCUUUUUCCAUUGUGUGUGUGUGUGUGUGUGUGUGUGUGUGUGUGUGUAUGGACAUAAAGCGAUAUGCGCGGUAUGUCGGGGCACGUGGCUUGGGGGGGAAGCAGGCAGCGCUGAGGAGUAAGGCUAGCCACUCUGCACGUGCCUAGUGUCAUGGGUGUCAUGCACCACCACCUGGCGCUCGGGUGAGGGGAGCAGCGCCUCAGGUAAUCGAUUCAUGAGUAGCGUGCUGGUAGUGGAGGCGGUGGAGGCUCCUCGUCAGUGUCACGCCGCGAGCCAUAUCGGUGAAGUGUGCGUCGUGAGAAGUGACUCACCUCUCCUCGCUCCUGCAGGCUACGUUUAUAACACACUUCGAGAGCCGCGUCAAAACCGCUCUCUCGUUUUGUUACGUCAGGGAAGUGAGACCCCACCGACGCCCUCAUCGACAGUAGGGCACAGCCUGGGGCGCAGAGUUGGUUAAGAAAGUGAGGAAAGUCCAAGGAGUGGUGAUAUUCUCGCCAGUGCCGCUGCCCUCGGCGACAGCAGAACACAGCGUGGGGUGCUGGCCAGGCUGUGGUGACGAGGGACAGAAGCAAAGCAGCGUCCUUGGUAACCUGGACGCGUCGGAGCCUCGUGAACCGUGACCACCAAGCAGGUGUGAGGUUCCGAAAUCGAUAGUAAGUGGACCUGUGGCGUGAUAUCCUGAGGUGCUCAGGUGCCGGGGAGGGUCUGGGUGGGGUGGCGACCAGUGAGUCCCUGCCAUCCCUCCCCCGCCUCCCCGGGAUGGCACCAUCACCAGCACGCCUCCACACCCACACCCCUCCCUCCCUCUGGAACACAAGGCCACGUGGAAAGAAUUCAUGGCACAGUGAUCUUGUCACCCGUGGCCGACCAAGGGGCGUUCCCAGAAUCUUUGGGACGUGGGUGUGGGUGUGGAUCAGCCUAGCCUUGCUCGUGGUUCCCGUGCAUGCCAAGUACAUGGAGGGCUUCCUCAAGACUUCGGAGCAGCGGUGGGCCUUCCUGGCACGGUUCUGCUUCCUCACGCAAGACGGCUCCUUUUCCUUCGAGGUGGAGUACGAUUUGCGCUACGCUCCGCAGCGCCUCCUGCUGUAUUACGACACGCCGGAGCAGUGGCCCGCUGUGUAUGGCUCCCACAAGACUUGCGAGGAGAAGGAAGCUGUAGUGCGACCUGAGAACCACACACGGAUCUACCUGACGAAGCGGUCCUAUAUGGCUGACUGCAGGGUGGAGCGGCUGGAGGGGGACGUCUCGCACUACCACUGCCGAGGGAAGAACCGUUUUAUCAGCGCCAGGGACAGAUGGUGGUUCAUAGCUGCCAGUAACUGUGAAAGUAGUGAGGGUCUGGAGAUGAGAUACAAAUUAACAAUGACCAAUGGAUACUCCUAUUGGUACAAACACUUCUCUGCUGAUGAGUUUUACAUCCUGAGGACCAAUCUGGCGGCGCUGGUGCUGCAGCUCGGCAUUGUAUUCCUCUCCCUCCUCGCCUCGGCGGAGCUCAAGAAGCGGGAUCUACUGCACACGUCCUACCACCUGUACCUGACGGCGGCCCUGACACAGGUUUUCGCCCUCGUCUUCCUCACCGCUCACUACGCGAAAUACGGUUUCAACGGCAUCGGCUAUCCCUUCUGCAGACUUGUGGGGCGGGGACUGCACGCCGCCAGCACGGUGCUCAUGGUGCUGCUGCUGCUGCUGGCCGCCAAGGGUUUCAACAUCACCCGAGGAAGGCUGCGUCAGAACUCCGCCGUGCGCCUCACUGCCUUCAUGUGCAUCUACAGCGUUACCUGUUUGUGUCUCUUUAUCUACGAGCAGCAGGUGUUCGAUCCUGGUGAGGUGCUGUACCUGUACGAGUCACCUGCGGGCUACGGGCUAGUGGCGCUGCGGCUGCUGGCGUGGCUCAUGUUUCUCUACUCGUGCUUCUUCACCGUCAAGCACUAUCCGGAGAAGAGUGGUUUCUACGGGCCCUUCUUUGGCUUCUAUUCCCUCUGGUUCCUGGCGGGACCCGUGGUGAUCCUCAUCAGCAACCACGUGAUCGACAAGUGGGUUCGAGAGAAGGUAGUGAAUGGCGUCGAUUUGUUCAUCACUCUCAUGGGCCAUCUCUUCUUUCUGUUACUAACACGUCCCAGCGCCGCCAACAAAAACUUUCCUUUCCACGUCCGCACAUCACAAGUUCGAGCGCUGGAGCAGUCAACAACAGGCGUGGUGGGCAAUAACACCAUUGACGCCUUCUCCUCCAACCGUUAUGCCCCAGACCUGACCGAACCGCGCACCCACGCUGCGCCCGACCUCUUCCUCGUGUCUGGCGCCGUAGAGAUGGUGCCACUCCCGCCUCCGAAGACUAUUCUACAACAAGACAGCAGUUACCCACACCACGCCCCUGGAAUAGCUGCGCCCCUGAAAGAUAUCAAUCCUGCAGUCCCGCUCAUGAAAGAUAACAACCCCAUCGCCCAACCCCUGAAGGAUACCAUCCCCACCGCCCCUCCCAUGAGCCUCGCGGACACCACACCUCCCUCCUGAAGACCCUCGAUGGAGCCGCCCUCCACCAUCUACCUCGGCCUCUCCACCAAGGGCCUUUACCUCAUCCUACAUGACACUGCGACAGUUUUUGCCCCCUCAUGUGUAUGUAUUGUGUGAAAGCUGUGUAUUUGAUAUACGCAUGCAAUAAAAGUUUUUUUUUUU